GAGAGAUCGGACCACCACCCCCGGAAAAAAAAAUAUGCUUCCAUUUUUGCAAUCCCGUUUAGGGAGCAGAUGGAAAAGUGGGGACUUGUGAAGAAAGGCUGUGAGGUUGCCUAAGGAUCCGGGAGCCGAAGAGACCGGCUGAUUGGAAGAAAAAAGCAGAGCGAUGGAGGCGGGGGAAGUGCGAGCUCUCUGCGGGGACUGGAGCGAGUCCACGCCCGGGGCCAGCGCUGCAGAGCUGGCGUGCAUUCAACCAACGCUUCCCAGCUAAAGCGAGCCCGGGAAAGAAGAGGGGGGGAGGAAAAAAAGGGGGAGCUUUCCUCCAAAAGCCUUCCGAUCUGCAGGGUGAAAAGUGAUUGACGCCAUCGUGAAGGGGGGCGAGAGGGAGUUGGAAGGGGCAGACCCAGAAGGUGUCACCCUAGGGUCCGAGAGUUGGAGGAUGAACGGAGAAGCGGAUAGCCCAACUGACUUAGAAAUGACAGCCCCCAAAAACCAAGACCGUUGGACCCAGGAAGAUAUGCUCACCCUCUUGGAGUGCAUGAAGAACAAUCUGCCCACCAAUGACGGCUGCAAGUUCAAAACCACCGAAUCCCACCUGGACUGGGAUAAAGUUGCCUUCAAGGACUUUUCCAGUGAGAUGUGCAAGGUGAAGUGGAUUGAGAUCUCCAAUGAGGUGAGGAAGUUCCGAACCCUGACAGAACUGAUUAUGGACGCUGAGGAGCACGUGAAAAAUCCAUACAAGGGCAAAAAGCUGAAGAAGCAUCCCGACUUCCCCAAGAAACCUUUGACUCCGUAUUUCCGUUUCUUCAUGGAGAAGCGAGCAAAGUAUGCUAAGCUACACCCGGAAAUGAGCAAUCUGGAUCUCACCAAGAUACUAUCCAAAAAGUAUAAGGAGCUCCCUGAAAAGAAGAAGAUGAAGUACAUCCAAGACUUCCAGCGAGAGAAACAAGAUUUUCAGCGAAAUUUGGCAAGAUUUAGGGAAGACCACCCUGACCUCAUUCAAAAUGCCAAGAAGUCUGAUAUCCCAGAGAAACCCAAGACUCCUCAACAGCUCUGGUACACUCAUGAGAAGAAGAUCUACCUGAAAGUGCGCCCUGAUGCCACCACGAAGGAGCUGAAGGAUUCGUUGGGCAAGCAAUGGUCUCAGCUCUCGGACAAAAAAAGGCUGAAAUGGAUUCAUAAGGCUCUGGAGCAGCGGAAGGAGUAUGAGGAAGUGAUGCGGGAUUAUAUCCAGAAGCACCCAGAGAUGAACUUCGAGGAAGGUGCGCCCCCUCGCUCCACCCUGACUAAAGCGGAGAGGCAGCUGAAGGACAAGUUUGAUGGGCGACCCACCAAGCCGCCUCCGAAUAGUUACUCGCUUUACUGUGCUGAACUGAUGGCAAACAUGAAAGAUGUCCCAAGCACAGAACGGAUGGUGCUCUGCAGUCAGCAGUGGAAGCUCCUUUCCCAGAAGGAAAAAGACGCCUACCACAAAAAGUGUGAUCAGAGAAAGAAAGAUUAUGAAAUUGAGCUCUUGCGUUUCCUGGAGAGCUUACCUGAAGAAGAACAGCAGAGGGUUCUGGGAGAGGAGAAAAUGCUGGGAGUAAACAAGAAAGGUGCCACCAGCCCUGCCUCUAAAAAGACCUCGCCAGAUGCUAGCAAGGGAGGUUCUGAGAAACCCAAACGGCCCGUUUCUGCUAUGUUUAUCUUCUCGGAGGAGAAACGCAAGCAGCUGCAGGAGGAGCGACCCGAACUGUCGGAGAGCGAACUGACCCGGCUGCUGGCGCGGAUGUGGAAUGAUCUUUCAGAGAAAAAAAAGGCCAAGUACAAAGCCCGUGAGGCUGCCAUGAAAGCUCAGACAGAAAAGAAGCAUGGUUCCGACAAGGAGGAUCGCGGCAAACUUCCUGAGUCACCAAAAAAAGCAGAGGAGAUCUGGCAGCAGAGUGUCAUUGGAGAUUAUCUUGCUCGCUUUAAGAAUGACCGAGGGAAAGCACUAAAAGCCAUGGAAGCCACCUGGAACAACAUGGAGAAGAAGGAGAAGCUGAUGUGGAUCAAGAAGGCAGCAGAAGAUCAGAAACGAUACGAGCGAGAACUGAGUGAGAUGAGGGCGCCACCAUGCACAACAAAUUCCUCCAAGAAGAUGAAAUUCCAGGGUGAGCCCAAGAAACCCCCCAUGAACGGGUAUCAGAAGUUUUCUCAGGAGCUGCUUUCAAAUGGUGAACUUAACCAUCUUCCUCUGAAGGAGCGGAUGGUGGAGAUCGGAAGCCGCUGGCAGCGCAUCUCUCAGAGCCAAAAGGAACAGUACAAGAAGUUGGCCGAAGAGCAGCAGAAACAGUACAAAGUACACCUGGAUAUGUGGCUCAAGAGUUUGUCGCCACAGGAGAGAGCUGUGUACAAGGAACAUAUCUCCAACAAACGCAAGAACAUGGGGAAGAUGCGAGGCCCAAAUCCUAAGAUGAAGCCCUCAGUGCAGUCCAAGUCAGAAUCUGAGGAUGAUGAUGAUGACGACGACGAUGAUGACGAUGAAGAGGAAGAGGAGGAGGACGACGACAAUGCUGAUUCCUCUGAGGAAGGAGGGGAUUCCUCUGAUUCAAGUAGUGAAGAGGAGAGCGAAGACGGGGAUGAGAAUGAAGAAGAGGAUGAUGAAGAGGACGACGAUGACGACGACGAUGACAAUGAAUCUGAGGGCAGCAGCAGUUCCUCGUCCUCCUCAGGAGAUUCUUCUGAUUCGGACUCCAAUUGAACCAUCCCCUUCCUCCAGCCGCUUUUCUUGCUGUACUCUAUUCGGUUUUGUUUUUCCGGAUAAAAGUAACAUCUACAGCUGGAGAGCUAGGAUGGGGAGGAAAGGGAGGAAGGAAAUCACUGUGGUUUAAUUAUCUUCCCCUCCUCGCACACCUCACAUUGUAUUUAACUGUGUGUGGUUGUGUGUGAGGGGAGCAGGGGGGUAGAAAAUAGCUGACAACCAGCGGAGGGUUUUUUGUGGCGGUGGUGUGGGGAGAGAAUUUUUAUUCUAUACUCCUCUCUCUUAUUCCCCCCCUCCUGAAUCUCUCUGGGAGUCCCCCCCCUUUUGUUGAGGUGGGCAGGGUCCUGGCAAAAUACAGGCCCCUUUUUAUUCUCUCCCCCCCCCAUAUCUACCCACCCACCCCCAAUUCUAUCCACCAGCUUUGGACUUUGUACAAAUUCUUUUUUAAAAAAAACAAAAACAAAAAACCAACAUGGCAAUGAGAGACUUCCCCACCCCCCUAGCAAACAGCCAGGGAGAGAUGGGUUCCAGAGAGCACGAGCCAUGGAAGGUUGUGGACUUUGCCAGUGUGACCCACCUCUCCUCAAAGUGGACAAUCUUGUACAGUCUUGAAAUUUUACACCUUGACGAAAGAGAACAAAAUGGCCACAGCUGCACUUAGUUAUUUCCUGUGAUGAACUGGAUAUCCAGCAAACGUUUCCUGCUGAAGGAAACGGGAUGGGAGGGUAUAUUUCACGUGAGUGCAUGGCAAGGGUCAGGGAAUAGAAAAGGAACUGAAGAAAAGGAUUUCUUUUGCAGAGAGAAUAUCUGUCUGGUAUGCUGUCGCAGGAGAAGAGAAUUUUGGGAGCACCAAGGUUACUGACUUUAUUUUGCAGGAGGUGGACUUUUUCUGUCGUUUUUCUGACCAGCAUUUAAACAAAGACAGUAGUGGCCAGACCCCUUUGGGUUGUUGUUGUUGUUAAUAUAUAUUAUUUUUUUUUACAAUGAAGUGACCAAUAAUUGUACCAAAAUGGGGCAUUUUGUUUGACUGUCUUUGGAAGCGGGAGAUUGGUUGUGGGUGGGAUCCUCUGUGUCAUUAAGCGUUUAAAAAAAAAAGUUUUAUAAACAAAGUGGAGACAACCAUCUUUUUUACAACUAAAUUAUCCCAUCUUUGAGAUUGAGUAUGUCAUAUGUCUCUUACCCUUAUGCAGAGGCUGGGAUCUUGGGAGUGGAUGGGGUUUGUAUAUAAGAGG